CUCUGACUCGAUCCUACUGCAAAGGAGAAAGAAUGGGUAGGCAUUCACCGCAGGACUUAUCCAGCUGAAAGCUCCCCACUCACCCCCACCCCUUCUUUUUCUCCGUACUGUGCUAUCCGUCCCUCCUCACCUCUCACUCUUUCACUCUUCCCAUCCCACUCAAGAAUUUUUCACUAAGUCAUAGACACGCACCGAGGACUAAGCCAAAGGUAAGCAAGAUAGAACGACUGACAAAAAAGAAGGCAGAUGGAUGAACGUGGGCAUGGAAAAGUGGACAUGGAAGUACGGAGGACUAGAGGAUCGUUCCUGCACAGAAGCACAAGAUGUGGUGAUGGGGUUCAUGCUAGCGUAGUCAUCACUCUUCUGAUUGGGGUGUGGUGUGCACAGGCACUGGAGGUAUCAGUGGGGAAGGUUAACUUUGUAGAGGUGAUGAACGGCAGCUCUGUACUCUUACCUUGUACCUACAGCAGCUGUAUCGGCAUCCAAAACCUGUACUUCAACUGGAAGUAUAAUGACAAUGGGACGAUGAAUAAGCUUUGUGAGGGAGUGAUCCCAGGAGAGGGCUUGGAGCCUAAUGUGAUGAUGUACCAUGAGCGUUUGAUGUUUGUGGGCUCCAGUAAGGAGAGUAACAUCUCUGUCCUGCUGUGGAACGUCACCUUCGAGGACGAGGGCCAGUACACCUGCUUCGCCCGCAACCCCAAAGAGAAGAACCGAAACCACAGUGCUAUAUUCAACCUCAUCGUAGUCGACCAGCUGAAGGAAGUGGACAACACACUGACGGUCAUCAUUGUAUCUGUGGUCGGAGGGCUUAUUGGGCUGAUCAUUAUUGUCAUGGUAAUAAAAGCAGUGGUCCUCCAUUUCCUCAACAAGGCCCAGGAAAAAAAUAAAGAGUGCCUUGUGAGCUCUUCAGGAAAUGACAACACAGAAAACGGCCUUUCAGGUUCCAAAGCAGACAACAAAGCUUCACCAAAGGCAUAAACUGAGUAAAUGUGCUUUACUCACAGAGGGUUGGAUGUUACAGCUAUAAUUAUGGACUGUUUUAUCCUUCUGGAAAACAAUAUGUUAAUAUUAAGAUAUAUUCUAGAAUUUCUGCUCUAUAUAUUUUAGAAAUAUUUAGUCUGACUUUUGGGCUGGAUUACACACCUUUCAGCAGCACUCACUUUACACCUGCUUUAAUUAUACAGUACUGUGGAAACGUCUGAGGCACAAACAAUCACAAACAUAUCCACUGUUUAAUAGAGUCAUUAGACUCGUGCUGUUGUUCAGGAGACUUUACGUCUUCUGCUUCAGUGGAGGCUUCAACAGCCUGCGUUAGGUUAUAAUCGACUAGAUUUUGGUGAAAAAAAUGUAAUAUUUGAAAAUAAAGUGUUGACUUAAAGUCACAAACUAAAGCACUAAUACACCAUCUGUUAAAAACUGAGACUUCUCUACAGUACUGUGUAUAUAUACAUGCACUUAUACUAACAGACGGAUGACAAAUUAAAGGAAAAACUAACACUAAGUGCUUUAGUAACAAGGUGGUGACCACAUUACUGUUAUUUUUCAAUGACCUCUAUGUUUUUUUCUCACAAGUCACACGAGUGUCACAUGACUCACUGAAUCGUCUUUAGAUCAAAGACACAAAGAUCAUUUCCCUUUCACUUCCUGAUGCAGGAGGAAGGUGAGCAGGAAGUGAGCGCUCAGCACCCCGCAGGGCCGAGUGUUAACUGCUUAGUGCUCAGUAUUUAUCCACUCAUUUCUUCAGGGCUAUCCUUCAAUUUAUCACCUGGAUUUAUUCAUUUUUCCACUGGGACGAAUUCAAAUAGUUUAAUAUGAACAGAAUUUAUGAUGAAUAUUAACCACAAAUACAAGCAUCUAAGAUGCAGCCCAGAUGUUACACCUCUUUAUCUGUGACAUGUUUAAAGGGGAAUCCAGCCCAAAAGCAGAAAUCUUUUAUUUGCAAACACAAAUAAUGUCCUGGAGAUCCAGUACACUCGUUAGAUGUCCAACACACCUGGUUUCACCUGCAAGGUAUCUGAGUUAUUAAAUAAGGGAUGAACUCGGUGUGUUAGACAAGAGAAACUCUUAAGUACUGUGUCCUUCAGGGCAGCUUUAUAAUCCAUAUAUAGGAAAAAAAAAACACAUGUGCCUGCUAAUGCUUCAAAUUUUUCUUGCUUUUUGAGACUCUUUAAUGAAAACCUUUGCUUUUAGGGAUUCUGCUAUGAAAACACACCAAGGGGGGAAAAAGAAACUCCUUAUAAAAUAAGUUCCUUAGUAAGACAAUCCCUCCCUUUUAAGGAAAAAAAGUUCCUCCCUGCAGAACAUGAUCCUUACUGAUGCUGCUUUUAACAAGUUAACUAAUGCAUUUUUUUUAAAAAGAACAAAACAGAAAGCAUGUGAAUGAUUUAUGUCUGCGCUCUUACCGGCUUACGCUUCACUCAGAUGACGGAAAACGUGUUAAAUGAUAUGCUGCAGGAGGCAGGAGGCAGGAAGGGGUCCGUUUACAGGGACAUAAAUGUACCUACUUAAUACCUGUAGAAUGUAGUGGAAAAAACACUAAGAGUACAGAUAUGUGUGUGUGAGAGAGAGAGAGAGAGAGAGAGAGAGAGAGAGAGAGAGAGAGAGAGAGAGAGAGAGAGAGAGAGAAAACGACCACUGAGUGAUAAGCACAAAAAAAUACAGUGCCAAGUAUAAAAACUAUAAACUAUAAUCAUUAGGUUCACUAUGUUACUGUAUAUAUUACUGUAAGUUAUAGAAAUGUAUAUUACAUUCUAUCAGACAUGCUGAAUGUCAGAAUCGACUAAACCGAGACUGAAGCCCAAAACCUUCUGUGAUGUAAUUUAAGUCCAUAAAUCCUUUCUCUGGGGGUCACGGUGGUUUAGUGGUUAGCACGUUCACCUCACACCUCCAGGGUCGGGGUUCGAUUCCCACCUCCACCUUGUGUGUGUGGAGUUUGCAUGUUCUCCCCGUGCCUCGGGGGUUUCCUCCGGGGACUCCGGUUUCCUCCCCCGGUCCAAACACAUGCAUGGUAGGUUGAUUGGCAUCUCUGGAAAAUUGUCUAUAGUGUGUGAUUGUGUGAGUGAAUGAGAGUGUGUGUGUGUGUGUGUGUGCCCUGUGAUGGGUUGGCACUCCGUCCAGGGUGUAUCCUGCCUUGAUGCCCGAUGACGCCUGAGAUAGGCACAGGCUCCCCGUGACCCGAGGUAGUUCAGAUAAGCGGUAGAAGAUGAAUGAGUGAAUGAAAUCCUUUCUCUCUCUCCUGCUCUCGAUUCCUCUCCUGGUUUACAGGUGUGUAAUGAGUGAAUAUCUCUACGUCUUCCAUUAGAGUUGACUCUCAGUAUUCAGGGGCUCUGGCAUCUCAGUUCUUUGGGAUUUUUUAACAGAGCAGUUUUACAUUAAAUUUGACUUUCUUUUUAGUCCAAACUGAAACAGGAAGUAGAGAGGUUUCAGUCUGGUACACAGAAGGAACAUAAUUCACUUUAAAGGGUUAAUGUGUGGCAGCAAUAAGAGCAGCGUGGAACCCUGGAGUUCUGUGUGCUGUAUUGUUCAUCCUGUAAAAGCGAUACUGCGCCUGUCAUUGUGCUGAUGUACAGCUUUGUACUGACGCCGUUAGCGUUAACUGUCCGUGUUACUGAUGAUUUCAGGAAUUCAGUAGAUGCUCUGAUUUCAAAAGGCAAUACUUUCAGUCAUGUUUUCUUGUUUGUUUCAUUGAGACUGCAGUUCAGUUUCUUUGUUGUAUCUCUCACGUGUGUUUGGUGUCACGUGCGUUUGGUAUCACGUGUGUUUGGUAUCAGCCCCACAUUCACAAAAGCAAACAGCGAGAGAAGGCCAAAUGUUUGCUGUGGAAGUGUGUUGUUGUUUCCAGUGGAGAUACCAAGAGCAGGCUUUGAGUUUAAAGCACGUCCUCACAGGAUGUGAUAAAUAUGAUGAAAAUGGAAUGGACUUAAUUUCAUACGAUCAAUUCGUACACGAACUCCAAAUGAAAGAGCAGAAGUCAAAUCUGACAUAAUUACAGUGCAGAGCAGAGAGUGACAUCAUCCGUGUGACUUCAGAGAGAACGCAGGCUGACAGAACGUCAUCGAAAUCAGCUACAAAUUCAACUCAAAAUCAAAUGAAGUAAAUAUGACAGAAAUCUGAUUUUAAACAGAAUUUACUUUGGCUUGCUGUUCUGGAUGUACUGUUGCUCACAGUGCACAUUUAUUGGCUAAGACUUUUUCCUCUAGACAUUCUGGCUGUCAUUCUGUUUAUUGCUUAAGCAUGCCUAAGCAAUGUAGACUUAAUAUAAAAUCCUGAACUAUAUGAAUGUACUUUAGCUUGCAGUGCACUUUCAUUGCUUUUCCUGUAGUCUUUGUUCUUUUAGUUCAAACUUAAGCAUGCAUAAGCAAUAUGGACUUAAUAUAACACCGUGCUAAAUUAAAACAAAGCUCUUAAGGCUGGUGUAGUGACUUUAGACUUUAGACAUAACGCCAUCUUACAUGAUAAACUCCACGGUCCUCGAGUACAAUAAUGUUAAAAGAAGCGAGUGCCUGCAUGAGCAUUCUGGUUAAAACGGUUCGUCUUUUAAACAGGAACACUUUACUGUUCUCAACCUUCUAAACCAUGUCACUGUUAUCAGAGGAUCGUCCAACUCUGUUCUAUCGUUUAAAACCAAAAGAAAACAAAAAAGAAAAACUAACAAAAAUAAAUAAAUAAAUAAAUAACAAAAAACAAACAAAAAAAAAAUCCCAACCCCAUCCCUGGCCACUUGGUAUCUUAUACACUGAAAACAGUUUGUGGCACUGAGUCACAAUCAACAUACUGACUGCCUCAGAAUAUUAAGCUAGGUGUAAAAACAAACAAACAAACAAACAAACAAUAUCUAUCUCUAUCUCUAUAUAUAUAUAAAACACAGAAUUUCAAUGUGUGAACUUCUCCAGCAAACAAGACACUCCGACCGUAACUCGAUAAUGAGGUUAUGAAAUGACCAACUGGAUUUCAGAUCCUGCUCUUCUCUCACUGCCAAAUCACAAGUCUGAGAGUUCUGCUUACUCGACACAUUCCACUCCAGAGCUCUCUCUCUUUUUAUACACACCUUUUGAGAUUUGUGAUAGAUCUAAACUAUUAUACACCGUAGUAACACAUGCAGAGAAGACAAUUGAAUCCAGCGUUUUUAAUCACAGUCAGUGAAUUUCAGCACUGAAACAGAAACUUCUUGAUUCCCUGAUUGCAAAAAUCCUCUGAAGAAAGUUCCACUUUUUUCUGAUUAGAUCUGAGUGUGUCAGUGUGGCCAACGCUGGAGAAAAAGCUUCACACGGUCUGUUUUCAUUGCCUUGAAAAUGCUGAUAAACCUCAUCAAGAUGAAUCUAGAAAGCCAUUGUGCAAUCCGCUCGUCUCUGUAACUACGUCUGUCUGUCAUUCUACUUUACUAUGCACUUCAGUAGCAGAUUAUAAUUAUAAAAAGAAUCUAAGAAAUAAAAGUUUUCAUAAAAAAUGA